CCUCAGUAGCAUGCCUGUUUCCAGUGCCAUGACACGGGAGGGGCAGUUCAGGGAAGAGUUGGGCUAUGACCGGAUGCCCACACUGGAGAGAGGUCGGCAGGAUACAGGACGGCAGGACGCAGGCAGCUACACCCCUGACUCAAAGCCGAAGGACCUGCAGCUGUCGAAGAGGUUGCCCCCGUGCUUCAGCUACAAGACAUGGGUAUUCUCUGUGUUAAUGGGGAGCUGCCUUCUUGUGACCUCUGGGUUUUCCCUCUACUUGGGGAAUGUGUUCCCCUCCGAGAUGGAUUAUUUGCGCUGUGCAGCAGGCUCUUGCAUCCCCUCAGCCAUUGUGAGCUUCGCUGUGGGGAAGAGAAACGUCAGUGCGAUUCCCAACUUUCAGAUAUUGUUUGUCUCCACGUUCGCUGUCACCACUACGUGUUUAAUCUGGUUUGGAUGUAAACUGAUCUUGAAUCCGUCAGCAAUAAACAUUAAUUUCAACCUCAUCCUGCUCUUGUUGUUGGAGCUCCUCAUGGCAGCCACGGUGAUCAUCUCGGCUCGAUCCAGUGAGGAAUCUUGCAAGAAGAAGAAGGUUUCCAUCUCAGAUGGCACCAACAUUUUGGAUGAAGUGACUUUUCCUGCUCGGGUCCUAAAAUCCUACUCCGUGGUAGAAGUAAUUGCUGGUGUCUCCGCUGUCCUUGGGGGGGUGAUCGCUCUAAAUGUAGAUGAAGCUGUCUCUGGCCCACAUCUCUCAGUGACAUUCUUUUGGAUUUUAGUGGCUUGUUUUCCAAGUGCCAUUGCCAGCCAUGUGACAGCAGAGUGUCCCAGCAAGUGUCUGGUGGAAGUGCUGAUUGCCAUCAGCAGCCUCACAUCCCCACUACUCUUCACUGCCUCUGGAUAUCUGUCCUUCAGCGUCAUGAGAAUCGUGGAGAUUUUUAAAGAUUACCCACCAGCCAUCAAAUCCUAUGAUGUGCUCCUCCUGCUGUUGCUGCUAGUGCUGUUGCUUCAGGGGGGCCUCAACACUGGUACAGCCAUCCAGUGUGUGAGCUUCAAGGUCAGCACCCAGCAACAGGCUGCAUCCUGGGACACCCAGACCUGUCCCCAGGAGCGCCCAGCAGGGGAGGUGGCCAGAAGCCCCUUGAAGGAGUUUGACAAAGAGAAAGCCUGGAGAGCUGUGGUGGUGCAAAUGGCCCAGUGACUACAGGAUAAAGAGAUGAGUCUUGGUGUCUGUCUGGCCCCCGGCAUGUCCAACUGUACAAACUCUAACUAUCCUGCAACAACUGCUUGCUAACAUACUCUUUCCCUCCUGUGAGGGCAGCCCAGACUGCAAGGUGGUUUUCACUACCUGUAGUAGUUUAACUCUGGAACAGGCAAACAUUGAAGGUUGCACCCUGUUAAGUGGGUCUAAUUGAGAAAUUUUUUUAAAAAAGGAGCUUGGGAUAAAGAUAACCUUUAUUAGAAAAACAUCAGCCAAAGCAAGCCAGAAUGUGCCAGGGGCAGCAAGGCAGGC